CCCCGCGCGCUCCUCCCGCCGCUCCGCCGGGCAGAUGCGCCGCCGCGCGCCCCGCGCCCCGGGCCCGCCACAGAGCUCCGCCGCGCGCCGGGGGUUCUUCUCCCCGGCCCCCCUGGGUGCCCUCCGGCUGGGGCUCCCGCCCGCUCCUUGGAAUAACCCCUGAGGCUCCGGCCGUCGCUGCAAAGUUUCCCGAGGAGACCCGCCUCCCCGGCCGCUGCGCAGGUGAAGAAGCAGGGAGUAGGUGAAGGCUCCACUCUGGACAGCUGAGCCAGGGGCUGAAACAGGAAGAACCCACCCCUCCACCUCACCCACCCCCAGAAGCUUCUCUACAAACAGGAGCAGCCAAGCAGACAAGCCCCCAUCCCGAAGUGGGGCACACAAGCCUGACAGCUCAGCAGUGCGAGGCGAGGUGGCUGCAGCCUGCGGUAAACAUCUGAACUCCUUAGAGGGGUAACAGACCCCCCCACACACACACACACAGAGGCAGCCUGAGUGGCAGGAAUACUGAUUCUUUGGAGAGUGGCUCCCUCUCAGCUCUGUCACGCAAGAGUGCUCUCUGCACUGAGCCAUUCUGCCAAGUGACUUAAAGGGAUUAAAAGAAAAAACUCGCUAAAGAAAAAAAGGGGUAACAGCCCCCCCACCCACAGAGGCGUUUCAGAAGAGGUACAGCCUGUGGACAAAGGACCAAAGUUACAAAGAGCUGUGGUGGAAGUGAUGGCCAGUGAGAGGUCACACUCCCCGGGGACUGACGCUGGGCUGUAGGGCAUGCCCAGCUCAGGAGUCCCCGGGGGUGCCCUGUGCACCCAGAGCAUACACCCCUCACUCCAGAGAGCCAAGCCAUCUGUUCCUGUGGCCUAGAGUGCCAAAGAUGCAGCUUGGGACCUGCAGCCAUAUCUGAGGCCUGGCCGCAAGGAAGACUUCAAGACCUCCUUACUCUCUGUGUGCCUCAGUGCUCCCCCUGCACUGGGCUGCGGUCUGUGGUCGAGUGGUUCUGAGCCUGCAGGUGACAUGGGACCAGGGAUGUGAGGCCUGGAGCUUCUAAAGCAGUGACCAGUGAGACCCAGUGGCUCUGGGAGCAGCUACAGAGGAGGUACUGAGGCUCCAGGUUAGGUGGGUCAGGCCUCCACCAGCCAUCCACCAUGGUGGUGGCACACCCUACUGCCACCGCUACCACCACACCCGCUGCCACUGUCACAGCCACUGUCGUGAUGACCACGGCCACCAUGGACCUGCGGGACUGGCUAUUCCUCUGCUACGGGCUUAUUGCCUUCCUCACAGAGGUCAUCGAUAGCACCACCUGCCCGUCAGUGUGCCGCUGUGACAACGGCUUCAUCUACUGCAACGACCGGGGGCUCACAUCCAUCCCCUCAGACAUUCCUGACGAUGCCACCACCCUCUACCUACAGAACAAUCAGAUCAACAAUGCAGGCAUCCCCCAGGACCUCAAGACCAAGGUCAAGGUGCAGGUCAUAUACCUGUAUGAGAACGACCUGGAUGAAUUCCCCAUCAACCUUCCCCGAUCGCUGCGAGAGCUGCAUCUACAGGACAACAACGUGCGCGCCAUCGCCAGGGACUCCUUGGCCCGCAUCCCGCUGCUGGAGAAGCUGCACCUCGAUGACAACUCCGUGUCCACCGUGAGCAUCGAGGAGGACGCCUUCGCUGACAGCAGACGGCUCAAGCUUCUCUUCCUGAGCAGGAACCACCUGAGCAGCAUCCCCUCGGGGCUGCCCCACACGCUGGAGGAGCUGCGGCUGGACGACAACCGCAUCUCCACCAUCCCGCUGCAUGCCUUCAAGGGCCUCAGCAGCCUGCGGCGCCUGGUUCUGGACGGCAACCUGCUGGCCAACCAGCGCAUCGCCGAUGACACCUUCAGCCGCCUGCAGAACCUCACAGAGCUGUCGCUGGUGCGCAACUCGCUGGCCGCCCCACCCCUCAAUCUGCCCAGUGCCCACCUGCAGAAGCUCUACCUGCAGGACAACGCCAUCAGCCACAUCCCCUACAACACGCUGGCCAAGAUGCGGGAGCUGGAGCGCUUGGACCUGUCCAACAACAACCUUACCACGCUGCCUCGAGGCCUGUUUGAUGACCUGGGGAACCUGGCACAGCUGCUCCUCAGGAACAACCCCUGGUUCUGCGGCUGUAACCUCAUGUGGCUGCGGGACUGGGUGAAGGCACGGGCCUCGGUGGUCAAUGUGCGGGGCCUCAUGUGCCAGGGCCCGGAGAAGGUCCGGGGCAUGGCCAUCAAAGAUAUCACCAGCGAGAUGGAUGAGUGUUUUGAGGCAGGGUCACAGGGCAGUGCAGCUAAUGCGGCUGCCAAGACCACAGCCAGCAACCAUGCCUCUGCCACCACACCCCAGGGCUCUCUGUUUACUCUCAAGGCCAAGAGGCCAGGACUGCGCCUCCCUGACUCCAACAUUGACUACCCCAUGUCCACUGGUGAUGGUGCCAAGACCCUGGCCAUCCAGGUGAAGCCACUGACAGCAGACUCUAUCCGAAUCACAUGGAAGGCCAUGCUACCUGCCUCCUCUUUCCGGCUCAGUUGGCUGCGUCUGGGCCACAGCCCGGCUGUGGGCUCCAUCACAGAGACCCUGGUGCAGGGGGACAAGACGGAGUACUUGCUGACGGCCCUGGAGCCCAAGUCCACCUACAUCAUCUGUAUGGUCACCAUGGAGACUGGCAACACCUAUGUGGCUGAUGAGACACCUGUGUGUGCCAAGGCAGAGACUGCUGACAGCUACGGCCCUACCACUACCCUCAAUCAGGAACAGAACGCUGGCCCUAUGGCUGGGCUGCCCCUGGCUGGCAUUAUUGGUGGUGCCGUGGCUCUUGUGUUUCUCUUCCUGGUCCUGGGAGCCAUUUGUUGGUAUGUGCACCGGGCUGGUGAGCUGCUGACCCGAGACAGGGUCUACAACAGGGGCAGCAGAAAGAAGGAUGACUACAUGGAGUCGGGGACCAAGAAGGAUAACUCCAUCCUAGAAAUCCGAGGCCCAGGACUGCAGAUGCUACCCAUCAACCCAUACCGCUCCAAAGAGGACUACGUGGUGCACACCAUAUUUCCCUCCAACGGCAGCGGCCUCUGCAAGGGCGCCCACACGAUCGGCUACGGCACCACACGGGGCUACCGGGACGCUGGCAUCCCCGACGUGGACUACUCCUACACAUGAAGCCAGCCACCCCCAGUGUGGUCACAUGGCCCUGUUUAGCCCACUGCAACACCAGGAGCCAGGAAGAGAAACUCCACAGUGACUUUCCUAGCAGAAAGCAAAGUUUAGGGAGGGUAUACAACAGUGGGGUAAAAAAAAAAAAAAAAUAAUAAUAAUAAUAAUAAUAAGUACAUAGAAGACAGGAGGGGGAUUCAACAUUGUUGGAAAUGUAAUUGAUACCAGAUCAUGAGAGUUAAGAACUAAAAAUAAUCUUGCAGGAAGGGUUGGGUUGGAACUUUUUUUCCUGAACCAGAUUGAUACUACCUGUACAACAUUUAUAUACACCUCGAGCUUCAUUCAGGCCCAUCAGAGAGAAGCAGAUAACAAACACACAUGGCAUGGAGUCCCCAUGCAACCAUCCUGCUGGCAGCUCACGGUGACAACUCAAUGAAAGGUUUUUGGGUUCCUCACAAAAGAGCCAAGAGAAGAAAAGACUUUUUGCUACGGAGACAGUGUCCUGAAAUCUCUUCCCUGGUUCUUUCCAUGCUGUUUCCUUUCCAGAUCUGCAGAAAUAUGACGUUCUUUGAGGUAUUCUCUGAACAAUACCAUAGGCAAUUAAAAGAAAAAAAAAAAAGUCAAAACUUUUUCUUCCAAUGUCGAGCACUUCGGCCCCAUUCACCGAACUCUGUAGAAGCUCUGACGAAGGCUGUAGCUUUCCCCGCCACGUGGAGGCGCGUCUGUGUGCCACCUGUCGCUGUGUCCCGUGUCUCGGGACAGAUGGGUAGACAGGGCUCCGUGUCUGUCCUCUCGGCACUUCUUCAGUCAGUCCUUGACAUUCCCUCCGGCAACAGAACUGAAAAAUCUUGCUUUCUUCUAGAAAGCAUUAAGUAGAUCAUGUGUGGGUGGAGAGGAGGAGCCUCAGCCCAGGUGGCAGGAGGGCUCAGCCCAGGUGGCACGAGGGCUCAGUCCAGGUGGCACGAGGGGCUCAGUCCAGGUGGCAGGAGGGCUCAGUCCAGGUGGCACGAGGGGCUCAGUCCAGGUGGCAGGAGGGCUCAGUCCAGGUGGCACGAGGGCUCAGUCCAGGUGGAGGGUAUUACUGUUUCUUAGAGGCACUGGUAACUGCAUCCCAGCAGGGAGUUAAGAAGCUGGCUGAGGAUGCUUUAGAUUCCGUCCUGUCCUGUCAGCCGGCCCAGAGACAGGCCACUCUACUUAGUGAUAUGUAAAAAAGCUUUCCUUGAUGACCACCGGCCUCAUCUGUCCCUCCCUCAAUAGAUGCUAUCCCCAUGAUAGUGUUUAUGUUUUCUCCUGGGACAGGUAAUCAGUGCAGCGACUGCUCAUGAAUAUAUGUGUGGACACACACACAUCUAGACCGCUGGCUAGACCUAUUGGUUUCCAUGGCUGCUCAAACAAAGCCCAGAAAAAAGAAAAAAAAUUUCAGAAAAUCCCUGGGAGACAUCAAAACACACACACACACACACACACACACACACACACACACACACACACACCUCAGCCAUUGCCUACACCAGGGGCUCUGUUCUCAAGAGGGAAAAUCAGAUUUCUUUGCAAAAAAAACCAUCAACCUCCAAAAGGGUACUGACCGGGGCCCUCGGAAGAGCUAAGAUUUUAUUCCCUCCCUGUGGAAUCAAUGUCGUUAUCAUUUAUCAACUGACACCACAGUGUGGUGAGCCAUGAGAUUAAAACGAUGAUAAAAUAAUGACAGCAAAUCAGGAAAGGAGGGAAGAGCCGAGCCUAGGGUUCUGAUGUCUGCUUCGUCCGCACCCGGGGAGCCCGGGUCACCAUCUGUCAAUGCAUCGCUUUGCCCUGCACUGGGAAAAAAAAGUCAUCAAAGGAGAGACGCUGGUCUGAGGGCAGCCAGAUGAGAAGGGGGUCCAGCUCCUGAUAGUGGUGUUUUCAAAAGACCUCUGCCACUUGGUCCAAAGCAAAGGCAGGAAGAAGAGGCCAGGCGGCUGCCUGAAGUGCUCCUGGUGGGGCAUCCGCUCGCUGGAUGUUAAAGAGCCAACUAGCCCUUCAAUGAAGAGAUGAGAUUGAAAGAAAUGGACCCAGCAGGUGUCUCAGAGUAGUGGAAAGAGGCACAGGCUCCUGAUCAUAGCCCAAAGGGUCAUCACACCAAACAGAAACCCCCAACCCACCAGCCCCAGGGAAUGGCCAAGGGGUAUGGACAUGGAUCAUUCUAUGGACCUUUCUUCCUCUUCAUCCCAAAUCAUUUCCUCACAUAAUGAGGUCAAGAGAGAAAUGUUCCUGAGCCGCAGAUUCAGGUCUGUAUAAACAUGCGCCCCGGAGCCCUGCUGUUCCCAGUGACCCCAACGGCACCCUGGUCCUGAUGGCUAAGGCAGGCUCAGAGGACACCUGCCUGUGAGGAACAGGUAUGUGAGGGAGAGUCCCAGAUGCUGAACAAGGCAUCAAGGGCACUAUGCCAUCCUUCUCCAGGGUCCCCGGAAAGUAAAGCCCUAAGUCCCCAACCCCUACUUGGCACUUGUAACUUGCCCUGCCCCCUAGGCUCACUCAUGUCCCCCUUCCCUGUUCCCUACCCCAGGAGGAGUCUGUUCACUUUCUUUGAUGGCCAGGACAACAUUUAGGAACAGCAGGUGGCCUAGACCCUGGGAGCUGCCUGGAGGGCCCUACUUAGACAUUCAGGAGCCUGUGGGCCAAAUGCCAGGGCUGUGGUAAACUUCUUCCCCCACCACACAGAGCCUUGGCAGAGUGUCACAGCUUAAGGACCAAAUCUGCCUCCUGCUCUAAGGGGCUCACUUCCUAUCACACCCAGUUGGAGAGCCCAGGGCUGCCAUUGCCCCCUAAGGAGCAGUUAGGUGCUAGUGAGGGUGAACGCUGCCUAGCCAUGGCCCUGUAGCCCCUCCAAGAGCUCUUCCCAUGGCAUUUCUGCCUCUUCACAUCAAACCAUUUUCCCAGUACCCUUUAUUCUGUGUGUGUUGGGGAAGGGGGAAUACUGGAGAUUGAAUCAUGGGCCUAGCCAUGCAAGGCAAACACUACCACUGAGCCGUGUGUGUGUUCCCAGCACCCCACUCCUUAGUGUCCUUUCAGAAAGCCCCCAGUGUGACCUUUGUCCCAGUUCUCCAAAGGAGACGGAGAAGCUGGCUUCUGGCCUCACAAUACAAUAGAAGAGCCUCUUCUGAGGCGGCUCCUCCACCGGCAGAAGUGAGGGAAGCCGGGAUUAACACUGGAAGGCCUGUGGAAUCCUCUUUCUGUACAGCUGACAUUUCCACAGGGAAGUCUGUGGCCGGCCAUCCUGACCCCUCACAGUUUCUAACCAGCCAGAACAACCUCCUUUUGCCCCAGCCCCUGGGGAGUUUAUUUUGUGGCAUUUAAGGCAAGUUUAAACUAAGGGGAAAAAAAAAAAAAGCCAGUGACACUUCUUUGGUUAAAUGGUUUACCCUUCUUGGUAAUUAGAUGCAGCGAUUGGAAUCUCUUUUUCUAUUACAUGGCAAUUUUACUUUAAAUUUCCUCUUUAAAAAAAAAAAAUGGGGAAGAAAAGGCAAGGAAGGAGAGAGGCAGCAGGGCCACGGGCAUUUGCAUUUUGCGAAUGAAGCCUCUGGUAGGCUCAGCUCAGGCGUGCGGCCCAACGUAUGGAAUGCUUAAGAGAUUACUAAGAAUAAAAUCUAUUAAUUAGUCAUACUCAAUUCCGCAGACAUGACGUGAAUCAAAAGCUCCCGCUCUUCCCUCAUCUGCAUCCUCUUCCUGAGGAAGCCUCCAUCUUCCCUGAAAGGCUGCCUCCUGGCCUGCCUCCUCCAUAUGUGGAGCUCUGCUGUGGCCCUGUGUGGGGGAUACUGGCUUGGAGAACCAGUGCUGGGACACUGGCCCUUCCUCACCCUGGGCAUUGCUGGCAGGGGAGGGGACAGCCUUGGGAAGGCAACUGUGGCUAGAAGGAGUCCAGCCUUCCCUUCCUGGAGCCAGAAGCCCACCCCUACCCCAUGCCUCCAUGCCUCUUCUUUCUUCUCAGUGGGCAGAAUUUACAGAAGACCAGCUGCCCAGCUCAGCCCCUGCAAGGGAGCCAGGGGUCAAUUUGCCUUGAGAGAUGGCAAGCCACAUCUGGAUCAGAGGAAGCAGCCUGUGCCAUCACUUAGAGAAUAAGACUCAUGAGACUCCUGCAUCCUUCUGCUGGGGACCUGCUGCUGUCUGGGGCCAGAGAACAAGUGAGGCCAUCUGUGAAGAGAAAACUGAAGGUCGGGGAGAGAAAAGCUCAGGCCAGCAAAGGAAGCAGCCGGUAAACUCUGUGUCCCAUGAAGCUUCCAAGCAUUAUCCCAGGAUGUGACUGACAGCUCUCCAGCCUGAGCUAAGGUCUUUGUCUAGAAAAUUCUGGUCCCCAUGUUUGCUUUACCACAAUCCCCAGGACAAGGAUGUGCAAAGACAUCCCUCUCCAGCCUGUGCUCAGCAGGUAGUGAGGCGGUGCUGACAGGAUACAUGCUGGGCUCAGCGCUCCAAGCCCCAGGAUGUCCCUGGACUUGUUCCCUCAAGCCCAGCUGCCUCAAACCCAGGAGUAAGCAAAGGUCUGUCCAUCACAGCCAGCUGACAGUGCCUGGGGCUCUGUUCGAACACUCACCAUUUUUUAGGCAUUUACCGAUUCUCUUGAAGUGUUCCAACUAUUUGUAUGAAACAUCCACAUUGGCUUCUUUUAAAACAACUGACAAAAACGUUCCCUUUCUCUCUUGACACUUUUCAAUUUUUUUCUUUUUCUCUACCCCAUUCUCACCCCUGACAUUUUGAAUCUGACACUGGACUUCUGAUCCUCUGAUGCUACCUCCUUUGAAUUUUAUUUUU